GGUAUUAAGAACAAUAUUUUACUAGCAAAGAAUGAAGAGGUGUGUUCAGACACCAGGGAUAUAGAAGUCACAGAGUUUGAUAGCAUUGCAGUGAUUCCACCAUUGAGUGGGGGAUAACUUGGUCUAACUUAAUUCCUAAAGAUGGAUCAUUUAAAACUGACUAUAGAUAAAUUAUCUAUAGAAGCAAUAAGUGAAUUGGUGAUAAAUGAUAGUUGUGGUGCUGUGUCACUAUUUGUUGGCACAACAAGAGAUAAUUUUGAGGGUAAAAAGGUAGUAAGAUUAGAAUAUGAAGCUUAUGAACCAAUGGCCUUGAAGUCGAUGAAGAGUAUCUGUGAUGAGAUGAGGAACAAAUGGUCCACUUUACAUGGAAUAGCUAUUUAUCAUAGAUUGGGCAAUGUCCCGUGCGGUGAGGCAUCCAUAGUGAUAGCUGUGAGCAGUCCACAUCGCAGGGAGUCCCUGGACGCCGUAGCGUUCUGCAUCGACACCUUCAAGGGCAACGUGCCCGUCUGGAAGAAAGAGGUUUACGAAGGGAGCGAGCCCGUCUGGAAGGAGAAUGUGGAAUGUGCGUGGUCUUCCAAACGAACACAGAGAGUCUAAUACAUUGUGUAUUGGAGUCCUUUAGUGAUGGGCAAUAAAUAAUGCACAUCGGUUGUUAUAAAGAGAUAUUCCGCCAGUUUCAGAUUUAUAGAGUGCUGUCUGUUUCUUUCACUCCAUCAUGACCUUUUGACACUAUCUGUGGUUUUGUCCUGGACACCAGUGGGAUGCUCUUUUGCACCGAAUGUCGGCUAGAUUUUGAGUACCACAACGGCGCCUAUUUCUGCCGUGAAGCAGUAAUGUGUAAAUAUUAUAUGUGUUUCGGUCUGAAGGGCGCCGUAGCUAGUGGAAUUUCUGGGCAAAUGAGACUUGACAUCUUAUGUCUCAAGGUGACGAGCGCAGUUGUAGUGCCGCUCAGAAUUUUUAGGGUUUUUCAAUAAUCCUGAGCAGCACUGCAUUGUAAUGGGCAGGGCGUAUCAAUAACCGUCAGCUGAACGUCCUGCUCGUCUCGUCCCUGAUUUUCAUUUAAAAAAAAAUUGUCGCACUACAUGGAUAUAGAUCUUUACAGAGCUGGUUGUCUCUUUAGCCUAUCUAUAUCUAGUUCGUGGUAUGUUACUGGUUAGGACAUCUGGUGCUCAGAUAAUAUUGUCACUUGUCAUCUACACGGUAUCAGGCAUUUCCAUGUUAUUUAUGCAACUUUUGUGCAAUAAGGGGUAUUAAAACAUGAACGUGGGUUGAUAAUAUCACAUGAGUGUUUUAAUACAUAAUUAUCAACAGUUCCAUACAAGACUAUCGACACCCAUAAUAUUAAUCCUCUAUAAAAGAUUCUGAAACAGUUAGCUUACUGCUCACACAAAAAAAAGCCAGUCCUAGUAACCAUUACAUCAUCCAAACGAGUGUUGUAAUGUUGUACUGAAUUUCAUUACAACACUCGUUUGGAUGAUGUAAUGGUAAUUAGGACAUUGGGUGUUUUAAUGUUGGCAAUAAGCUUACUGUUUUAGAAUCUUUAAUAGAGGAUUUAAAGCAUGAGUGUAGAUAAUAGUUAUUUAUGCAACUAUUGUGUAAAUAAGGGGUAUUAAAACACGAAUGUGGAUUUAUCUCACGAGGCGAAGCCGAGUGUGAUAAUAGUAUCACAUGAGUGUUUUAAUACCUAAUUAUCAACAGUUGCAUACAAGACUAUCUACACCCAGAAUAUGAAUCCUCUAAAAGAUUCUGGAACAGUUAGCUUACUGCUAACAUUAAAAUACCAGUCCUAGUAGUAACCUUAUAUCAUUCGUUACUGAUUAUAUACAAAUAAAAUAAGUAUUAAUGAAACAAUUAUUUAUUUUAGUAGUAAUUUACAUUUUGUAUAGUGCAAUAAUUAAAAUUCACUCGAAUAUGAUGUUAUUUUGCAGCGUUUAAAAUGAAUCGCUCAUUUUUUGUAAACAAAACAAUAAAAAUAUCGAAGAAAAAUGGCGGGGAUUCGAAUAACCUACUUUUUUUUUACGGCGCGCGACGUUCUGGGAGUGUGGAGCGCGCGUAAACGAAAAUGUUCUUUUUUUGAAAUUCAUACAGAUAUCACGCAUUGAGAAAUAAGAAUGUGGCUGUAUGUUGAAACUCUUUGCGCAUGAAGGGAUUAAAAAAAACAUAGGAGUGUUGUUAUGAAAUUCAGUACAACAUUACAACACUCUUUUGAGUGAUGUAAUGGUUAUUAGAACAUUGGGUGUUUUAAUGUUGGCAAUAAGCUUACUGUUUUAGAAUCUUUAAUAGAGGAUUUAAAGCAUGGGUGUAGAUAAAAUGAAUUAUGCAUUAUUUAUUUCUGGUAAUUAAGUGCAACUAUUUAUACUUCAUUAAAUGUUUAUUAGAGAGUCUUACUUCAACAUUAUUCAAACAUCUUCCUCAUGUUUGGAUGACUGAUAUUGUUGGCAGAUAUAUUGAACUACCCUAUUUCACUGUUUCUUUAUCGUCAUACGUAAAAAUAUCGGGGAAAUUCAGAAAACCCUGCUAGACAUCCCGUUAAGUAUAACAUAAAAGUUAUUGUGUAAGUUGAAAUUGAUUGUGUCUAAGUUUUAUUUCUCAAGACGAUUUAUUAUUAAAAUUACAGUGGUCACUAUCUUAUCAAUAGAGUAUUAUAGGGUCGUUAAAUAACAUUUUGGUCUCCAAAUAUUUCUCAACUAUUAACAAUUGAUAACCAGUACUCAAUAUCAUUCACCUUGUAGAUUGGGGUCACAUAUACCAUUCAAUCUUACACAAUCAAAACAGAACAAAAUACAUACAUACAUAAACUCACACCUUGUUCCCGUCGGGGUAGGCAGAGACAAUAGAAUGCCAGACCAAAAUAAGACAAUACAAUAUUUUAAAUGCAUUGUGACUUACAAAACUAUAAAGUAUAUAUUAUGUUGUAAGUUAGUUUUUACUAUAUUAUUUUACUUGUGCAAUGGUUGUCCUAGUUUAAGUGCCUAUUUAAUUUAUAAGCAUGUGAUUUUUUGAACAAAAUGCAUAUCAUGGUGUAGGUUUUUUUUUAUUUGAUACAUUGCUGUGUCCUCUCUUUUUGUGCACAGCAAUAUAAAAUAGUUUGUUAUACAGCUUGUUGUGAAUAUGUAGCGUAGAGAAAAGUUCCUUUUCAAAUGAGAAUUAUAAAUAUAUAUAUUUUUAUUACAUUGGUUAAAACCAAGUGUUGUUUACUAUGUAUUAAAACAAUAAGUAUACUUAUUAGGUCGAAAUAUUAAAAAAACACAUUGAUUACUUGUGUCAUACUGAUUGUUGCUAUAAGGCCAAAUAUUAUAUAUAUUUAUUAAUAUGUUUAUAAAAUAUUUUUUUAUGACUACUCUCGCAUUAUUUCAGUAUGAAUAUGUAUUUGCUGAGAUCAUUGUAAAAAACAGUUUGAGCAGUCUACUUCAGUAAUAAUUCAAUGUCUUGUUUUAAAUUUUAUGGAUUGAGAAGUUGCCAAUAAAAAAUAAAAUAAUCCUCAAGACUUCCAUUUUUAAAUUUCGUAAUUGCUUUUCUAUAGCUUUUAUUAUAAGUGGCCAGUUCCAGAAACUCUCAGUAUGCUUCACAUAUACAAAAUUUAUUAUCUUGUUAUUUUUAAGAUUGUUACGUAGCCUGUUAAGUGUUGAAAGUACAUAAAUAAAAAUAUUUUCAUUGAA